AUGACGCGCCGCAAGCGCACCCCUUCGCCAUCUCCAGCCUCUCCACAGAAACGCGUGGCAUUUGAAAUUCCUCCUUCACUCCAGCAGUUCUCGACCAUUUCACGAUCCCUUGCUAACAGCAGAGACUCGCACUCGGCGCCAACUUCUUCGCAAGCGAUCUCCAAUGGCCCAAGACAGACCCAGCCCCAGCCGAAGGGAGUUUCACAGUCAUCCGCGCAGGCUGGCGCAACGUUGAGUGCUGGCACUAGAACUCAAGAGAAUGCGCGAUCCGAUAUGCACUCUCAACAACGACAUUCUACGGGUGCUCAAUCAUGGCCUCAGUCAUCGCUGAAGAACAACCCUAAUUUGGCCGGCUCGAGGCGAGUGGACGAGUCGGGGAAACAACAAGGUGUUAACAACUCCUUUCCAUCCUCUAAUGUUGUGCAAAGCCGAGACCCUUCCGCGAACCCUUCUACUACGAGCCCUCAAUUGCGACGGGAAAGCAUGCCGACUCGAUUUCCCGCCGCGCCUGAAGAACCUCCCCUAAAACCGGGCGAAACUCCCACCUUGGCGACCCAUCCCAACCUAAUUGCGCAACUGGUUGCGAAAAAGAGAGCGGAAAACGAGGCAAUGGGGGUACGUGAACUAUGGGCCAGAAGGCAGGCCGAGUACCGAAUGUCAAAGUCGCCGGCGAGUCAGUCACUGACCGAGCCGAACAAAGAUUUGGCCCGCAUUGGAAACCAACAGCCACCCCAGUCUAGAGCCUUCUCUAACCCACUGCCCGCCCGGCCACCAAUACAGCCUCCUGUGCCCGCAUAUGCCCCAUAUGCUCCGGCAGCAUCAAGGAUAGAAACCCGUGCCCCGGCGACAGAAAAUAGGACAGCACCUGCUGUGGAGGAGUCUGGCAAAGGUACUGACACGUCCAAAGCGCCAAGGGCGAGUGGCGAGACGGAUUCUCUUUUUGGAUCGCCUUUUUCAGAAUUCCUCGAAAAGGCGACCGACAACGCCGGUUUGAAGGAUGGAAAUGAACCAAGCAGCGCAGUAUCAGCCGGGAAUUCAGCCGCACCAACACCAGUUCCACAAGGACCCGAUGCGGCUCAGUCACGACCGGCUUCAUCGCACCAGCCCAGUGAAACAAACAAGCCUCCGACCGGAAACGUUACCUCAAUCCCUCCUCUCUUCUCAGAUAAACCCAAAGGCACAGGCACAGGCACAGGCACAGGCCCUGGCGUACAAGCACCGACGCCACAAAAUAGACCAUACCAUCGUGGCAGCGGCAAUUCAGGGCCCACCGUGAGCACCCCUCAACACCAGAAUACCAGCAUGAUGCAGCGGCAGUCUCAAGCGCAUGCGACGGUCCCUUCCCAGCCGCCGUCUGGACAAGCACCUCGACAAGAUGUCUUCGUCAUGACACCAUCAGUGGCCUCAUCGCAUUCAUCUGCCGGUGCAACGCCGCGCCGUCAUCCUUACUUUGAGCAGACCCCUACUCCUGGGGGAUAUUACAAGGUCGAUUUUCGGGUGUCGGCUGACGGAACGACCUCGACUACGGCCAUACCUGCAGGUCAUGCCUCUCUACCAUACGGAAAGCCGCUGGGGCCACCCAAUGCAGGGUAUCCAGGUUACGUGAUGGGCAUGAUGCCUGUGUAUCAAAUACAACAGCAACCGCAACCCAUGCCGGGUCAAGUUCCGGUCCAGAGGCCGGCAUACGGCGGUAUGGCUGUCGGUCCUGCUACGGGCACCGUUGCACCUGCGGCUGCGGCCCCAGUAGCCGCCGCACAGCCGUCAAAGCAGCAGCAGCAUUCAUCCGGCACCAAUGUGAUCACCCAAGCGGAUAGGGUUGCGGGGAUCAAUAUGAGAUUCAAAAUCUCAACGCAGAACGAUUUCUCUGUGCCGAAGCGGUAA